AUGUCCUCUUUCGAGCCGGUGGUCGUCGUUGACGGCAAGGGCCAUCUCCUUGGUCGUCUCGCCUCUAUCGUUGCCAAGCAGCUCCUCAACGGCCAGAAGGUCGUUGUCGUCCGCUGCGAGGCCCUCAACAUCUCUGGCGAGUUCUUCCGUGCCAAGCGCACGAGAAACCAAGACUGCAGUGGACGUCGGCUCACCUCCACGCAACAUACUGAUCAGAUGCCUACAGUCAAGUACCACGCCUACCUCCGCAAGAUGACCCGUUACAACCCGACUCGCGGUGGUCCCUUCCACUUCCGCGCCCCGUCGAGAAUCUUCUACAAGACCGUCCGCGGCAUGAUUCCCCACAAGACCGCCCGUGGUGCUGCCGCCAUGGAGCGCCUCAAGGUCUUCGAGGGUGUCCCUCCCCCCUACGACAAGCAGAAGAAGAUGGUUGUCCCCCAGGCCCUCCGCGUCCUCAGAUUGCAGCCCGGCCGCAAGUUCUGCACCGUCGGUCGCCUCUCCCACGAGGUCGGCUGGAAGUACCAGGACGUCGUUGCCAGACUUGAGGAGCGCCGCAAGGCCAAGGGUGCCGCUUACUACGAGCGCAAGAAGGUCGCUCAGCGCCAGAUCACCGACGCCAAGAAGAACGCCAAGGUCGACCAGAAGACGGCGCAGGCCCUCGAGGCCUUCGGCUACUAA